AAUUACGCAACGUCAUUAUGCUCAGUGCCACUCUACUGAAUAUCUCGACAACUUUGACGCAAGAAAUUUCUUCAAAGAAACUUAUUUUCUAUAAUACUAAUGACUUGCACAAAAGAGAACAGUUUGCUUUUGAGUUUCAAAGACAACCCAAACGUCAAGUUGUCUUUUUGUUGACUCCAACACUUUCAAGCCAAUAUGCAAGUGUUUUUUGUAGAAGCUUAAAUAUUUAUUUCUAUGAGGCUUCCUUUAUUAUUGGAACCUUUCUUUUAUGGCUUUCGUGACAAUUAUCUUGUGGACUGGAGCUGUCAUCUAGUUUAUGGUGGGAUGUUUUCGUAUUUUACUAUAUCAAAAGCUCUUGAAAUAUAAUAUCAAUAGCUGUGAAAACAAGUAAAAUUUAUGGUAAGAGCUAAUAAAGUUUUUAUGCAGCCUGCAAUACAGAUUGACACUUUUCCGGAGUUCAAUAACUAAACUGAGAAUGGCAAGCACUCUUGUGACAGUUGUGAAGAAGUAGUUGUAUAUUCCUUCGGGGAUUGACAAUUCAAGACUUGAGUUUGGUUGGAAAAGAUGGAAAUUUUUGAAUUUUCUCACUUGAAUCUAACAUCGGCAAAUAUUUGAAAAUAGCAACUUGUACAGGAAACUCUUGCAUUGUAAAAUUACGUUGGCUUGAUAGGGUGCAAUCGGUUUUAUUUUCUGGUAGCUCUUUUGUUCCAAUUGUACAAGUUCUAUCUGUUAUAUUCACAAACUAUCCAAAUCGUACACUAGAUUGGGCAAGUCUUUCCUUGUAUCAAAAUGAAUAGUUUCAAUCUCCUUAUUAUCCCAAUCUGAACAAAUGUUACUCGUGAAACAAGUAAAGAUUUAUUUUCAAAA